AUGUCUACCUCUGAGUCAACCAUAAAUGGAAACCAGUCCCUGUGCACCCAGUUUAUAUUUGUGGCUUUUUCUAGUCUAGCAGAAUUACAACUGGUACUCUUCGCUGUGUUCUUAAUCAUCUACUUAUUUACUGUGGGAGGAAACCUCAUCAUCAUCUGCCUGAUCUGGGUAACUCGUUCCCUGCACACUCCCAUGUAUUUCUUCCUGGUGAACCUCUCAUUUUUGGAGACGUGCUACAUCACCAGCGUGGUGCCUCAGAUGCUGGCGCACCUGCUGAUGGAGACCAAGACCAUAAGUGUGGGAGGCUGCGCAGCCCAGAUGUAUGUGUUUACCAUCUUGGGACUGACAGAAUGCUGCCUGCUGGCAGCCAUGGCCUAUGACCGCUUCGUAGCUAUUUGCUGCCCACUGCAUUACACACUCCUGAUGGGCCCUCGUGUGUGCUUGACUUUGGCUGCAGCGUCUUGGAUCACCGGGGUGGUGGUGGAGUCAGCCCAGACCACCUGGAUCUUCACCCUGCCCUUCUGUGGAACGGGAAAGAUUCAGCACUUUUUUUGUGAUAUCAUGCCUGUGGUGAAGCAGGCCUGUGUUGAUACCUCCCAUAAUGAGAUUGUGGUGUUUGCGGUUUCCGUGCUCUUCAUUAUGGGUCCCUGUUUCCUCAUUCUAUGCUCCUAUGUGCGCAUUCUUGUGACGAUCUUGAGAAUCCCUUCUGCAGCCGGCAGGCGAAAAGCUUUCUCCACUUGCUCUUCUCACAUCCUGGUUGUUUCUCUGUUCUAUGGCACUGCCUUGUUUACGCAUCUGCAGCCUAAGACUGCACACACUCCAGGGACAGACAAAGCAACUGCCCUCAUGUACACGGUGGUCACACCUGCCUUGAAUCCUGUCAUCUACACCUUAAGGAACAAGGAAGUGAAGGAAGCCUUUCAAAGGGGGCGGCAAGAUGGCGACCGGGCAACCCAGUGUCUGAAGCCCUCUGCAAGGGAGAUCUGCAGUGGGUCUCUGGCUCUCGCCCCGGGAGGCUGGGGACCCCAGCACUGCAGCCUGCUCUUCAGACAGAGCUCGGCCAUCGCUAUCGCUGGAACAUCGCAACGACUGGACAGUUUUACUGCAUUGCACUCUCCCGCCGCUGCCGCAGCCCCUCCCCCCACCAGCGCUCCCGCCGCCGCCGCCGCCGCCGCCGCGGCCUCUGGCACGGGUAGCUCAUCACAACCCGGCCGGGAGGAGAUCCACACCAAACCGCUUCAGGGAAGAUCUGCUGGGAUCGCUGCCACCGCUCCUACAUCCGAGACUGUCCUGUCCGCCUGGCGUGGGGAUCCUGUUGCCUGCUCGGAGGCAGGCAGCCAUUUUGUUCCUGUCCGGCCGCACCCCCUCUGGGGCGAGCAGAUGAGAUAG